AUGCUGUUAUGUUGCAGAGUGAGGAGAUCUCCGAAGGCUUGUGCGGUUGAUGUGGACGAGGAAGGGCCCUAUCUGCCAGCUGUUUCAUUUAUCAUGCGUCGUCUACCCUCGCAACUUUUCGACGAGUCUUUUCGGAGCACAAUCCUUCACGAUGAGCAGUCCGCGUAUCUCAUGAAGAAUCUUCCAUCGCGUUAUCAAUUCACUACUCCACAACUCCUUUAUCGUCUCACCGAUGAUGGAAUCUCGUUCAGCCGCUUUUGGGCAAGAGUUGAAGACGCCGAACAAUCAAUUAUGGUUAUUCGAACAAUUGAUGGUGAGAUUUUUGGUGCAUAUUGCAGCUCCUCGUGGAUUGAGCGAAAGGACUCCAAUGAACGCAAAAAGAGGAAGUACUUUGGAACUGGUGAGUCUUAUGUGUUCCGACUAGAAAACACCAAUUCGAGUGGCUUACCGCUUAUCUACAAUUGGGCUGGUCAUGCCAUCAAGAAUGCACCAGAAUUCUUUAUGACUGCCACCGAUAAAUCGUUGAUAGUUGGAUCUGGUAACGGGGAUGCAAUUCGGAUUGUCGACGAGCUUACGAUGGGAAGCUCGGCUCAUUGUGCCACUUUCAACUCGCCUCCACUUGUUGAUGGCGGGCAAUUUGAGAUCGAAGAGUUAGAGAUGAUUCAAAUCGAUCAAUACACAAAUGCGGCUCUUAAAUAUUUAUUCCCGAGAAAUUGCACAACCGUUCUAUUCGCCGAGAUGGACUUUUUCAAAUCAAAUUGUGCGAAAAUCGCGUUUACUCGUUUGUUCUCGGUGAUGAUAACAGCCGCCUCAACACUUGUUUACUUUCCACAGUUUGCGAAAAUUUUGAACACCCGCAGUGCCCAGGGAAUCAGUUUGCUUUCAGUGUUUCUUGGCUUGUUGGGAAGUGCGGGAACUGCCGCCUAUGGCUUUCAUCGAGGAACAACGUUUAGCAAGUAUGGCGACUCGGUUUUCCUCUUCAUCCAACAAAUGCUUCUUUUCACUCUCAUCCUUCACUAUUCCACGCAUUCCCCGUUCGCUUUUGCCUUCAUUGCAGCCUGUUGGGCGACAAUGUUCGCUGUGAUUGGCUCCUACAUCCCAGCUGUUGUCCUAAAGGGAAUCUUCAAAUACUCCAUUCACAUUGUCAUCCUUGCAAAGCUCAUUCAAGGACGCUUGAACUUCCGAAACAAAUCAACUGGUCAGUUAUCGCUCACCUCAAUGUUUCUGGUGAUUUUUGCUGACAUGGCGAGAUGUGUAACAAAACGAAACGAAUCAUUAGAGAUGAUCUCGUUGAGGGGAAUUUCCAUUGCAAUGAGUCUCAUCAUUCUCUGGCAGUUUAGAAUCUAUCGCCAGAAGCCUGUGCCUGAACUGAAAGCAUCCGACGAGGCGCCGAAAAAACCGGAACGACGCAGAAAAUCGGAG